CUAGCAAACGGCAGCCUCCAUCAACGAUCCUACAUUUCUGGAAGUUUGGAUACAACAGAACGGAAAGAAGCGCUUUUAGGCGAAUUCUCCGUGCAGCAGCCAGGAGGAUUCCCGGGCCUGUGACUACGGAGCGGUACGCACGCCGGACGUCGCAAGAGCAAGGAAGCUCGGAGCACAAACGAGGCCAGCAGUCAGUCAGUGAGGGGAACAGAAAGAAACGAGAAGAAGAUUCCCAGAAUGCUCAGAAUUUGGUAUUCCUGACAGGAGCUAGCUUUGUUCAAAUAAGCUCCGCUUGGAUUAAUUGUCGGCUCUACAACAACAAGCUAGUUCCCGAUAAACUAAUCCUGUCAAAGUCGGGCUGUAUUUUUUUUUCUCUGCUGCCGGAGCAUCUCUGCCCGGCUUGCCUGUGUGGGACGGUGGGUUUGAGCGCACGCACUUUUGCGUGUUCGGACCACCCUCGACCCCGUUCUCUGGCCCAUCAUUGCACCGAAAACACCGUGAAUAGUCAGUCCCGACUUUUCUCGCUGCGCUGCGGACCCCUCGGCACCUUCGCGCCCGUACUGCCGAAAGUUGGGCCCAAAAUUGAAUGAGCAACCUUAAUACCUUGCUGCGCUGGACGGCAAGAUGCAGACCGAUCUGCGCCGUGGGAGCAGCGGGAACCAUCAGUCGUCGCCCGUCGCAGAUGGCAAUCGGGCAGAUGCUCAGAACAACAGCGGCGAUGAGGGUCAACCCCUCAGCGAUUCCGACAAUGAUCUUGACGACCAGGUUGAUUUGGUUCGGAACGGCAAGCGAAAGAGGCCAAUUUCAGUCUCGUGCGAAUUGUGCAAGCAGAGAAAAGUAAAAUGUGAUCGUGGACAACCAUCAUGCGGGUGGUGCAGUCGCAACGGCGCCAGUUGCGAGUACAAGGAACGCAAAAAGCCUGGUCUUCGUGCAGGAUAUGGAAGGGAACUUGAGCAACGGCUGGACAAGCUCGAGGCGAUACUGCGAUCGCAUCAAGAGAUCCUUCAAACCUCAAUGGACGGCGGUAGCAGCCAUCUCCCAGGUCUCCAUCAUCCCAAAGCACCCUCCAGCGUUCGAGGUAGCAUCCACAGCCUACCUAGUGACCAUGGCACACCAAGAGAAACGCAACCCCCUCCGUUUACUAGGUCCGACAGUUCUAUACGGACUCCUCAGGCGGAAACGGCUCUCUUCCUGCAAAAGCCGUCAUCUUACCCACCGGCACCAUCCGCACAGCACCACUCACAGUCAAUGGAGUUUGGAUUGCAUCCACCAACGCCAACCAUGCGCGAUGGGUUUCAAUCCCAGAUUGGCCCUCCAGCUGGCAUAUCCCCUACCAACUCCCAUAGCCACAUCCGUGGCACAAGUACAAUGUCGAGCGCAGCAUACGAUUACUACAACCCAACAAGUACAGCUUCAACAACAAGCAGUCAUCCUCAUCAUCAGUCGCCAUCUACAAUGACGCAGAAUCAGGCACAGAUAGCAUCCGACCACGAGCUACCCCCAUAUGAUCUAUUGUACGCCCUCGUCGACCUUUACUUCAAACACAUCAACACCUGGUGCCCAAUAUUACAUCGGAAAAUGACGCUUGCCGCCCUCUUUGACUCUCCAGUGCCUGAAGAGACGGACAAGAUACUCCUUCAUGCUAUCGUGGCUACAACGCUAAGGUACUCUUCCGAUACCCGGUUGACCGAAGAGAGCCGACGAAGAUACCAUGACGUCUCCAAGAAAAGGGUCCUAUUGUAUGGCAUGGAAAACUCGUCGGUUAAAUCUCUACAGGCACUCGUCAUACUUGCCUUGGACUUGUGUGGUGCCGGCAAUGGGCCACCAGGCUGGAACAUAAUGGCACUGAUCACACGGUCAGUUGUCCAGCUCGGAUUGUCGGUGGAAAGCAACUCGUUCUCCGUCUCGCCAAACUUUACCUCUAUUUACACUUUACGGGCCAUGAUACUGCCGGAGCCGAGAGACUUUAUAGAAGAAGAGUCUAGGCGGAGGCUUUUCUGGAUGGUGUAUCUGCUCGACCGGUACGCAACCAUCUCGACUGCUUUUGACUUUGCGCUCGACGAUAAAGAGAUCGAUCGGGCACUUCCAUGUCGAGACGACCUCUGGACCAAGAACCAAAAGGUCGAGACGAAAAGGUUUCGUGCCAAGGGUACCAACCCACAACACGACGAAUCGACAACCCACGAAUACGAGAUCAACAAGCCCGAGAACCUCGGAGCCUUUAGUUAUUACAUUGAGAUUGUGACGAUCCUUUCUCAAAUCCACAAAUUCCUCAAGCAGCCUGUCGACAUUUCGGCGCUCAGUGACGUCGAGCAGUGGCAGAUGCGAUACAAGGAGUUGGAUAAUACCUUGACGAACUGGAAGUUCAACCUGCCCGGCGAGUACUGCAGCAUGGCUAAGCUGUUUCAGCCCGGAAGUGCCAAAACACUCAACUGUGGCUGGGUCAUGCUGCACGCCACCUAUCAUACGGCAACCAUCCGGCUACAUUCAUCUGCGGCGUACCCGACCACAAGGUCACCGAUUUUCACACCAUCGUACUCGGCAUCACAGCGUUGUCACUCGGCCGUGGAGAACAUAGCAGCCCUGGGCGAGUUUGUGCUGACCAACAACCUCUUGCCCAAGCUGGGUCCGCCAUUCGCCUUUACACUGUGGGUAGCUGCACGGGUUCUGCUGGUCCACGGCUCCACGGUCGAACACAAAGUCAGCCCACAGAUCGGCUUCUUUGUCGACGCCCUCAAGGAGAUGGGCAGGUACUGGCCGGUGGCCAGGCGGUACUGCGAACUGCUGCAGAGAGUGCUUGACGAGUACCACGACAGCGCGAGGCACGGAGAUGUGGGCUUCACGCCGAGCAGCGUCAAGAUCUUGGCGGACAUGCGCCGGACGGCGUUUGAUCUCGACUUUUUGAUCAGUAGACAGCCACACCAACAAACUGCAGCAGCACAUGGCGGCAGCACUGGCGCGGCUUCCCUAGCGGCUCCGGCAGGUGCAGCGCCGACGGCUCAGGGCUUUGGCAGCAGAUACCCCAGCAUCACGCCCGCGCGGACGCCGCAGCCCAACGAGCUCGAGUACCUCGACGUCUUUGACUUUUUCAACUAUCCGCGACUGCCUCCCGGUGCACCGGCGGAGGGCAAUGCGAAUGCGCACGGGAACGGAGCUGGAAACGGCAACGGGGAGGGCGGCGGUGGCGAGGGCGGCGGGGAGGGUGCGGCCGUCGUGCCAAGCAACGAGUUCAAUAUAACGGAUUUCAUAAUGGACGUCAACAGGGAUUGGCUGUUCAAACAGGAAGGGACUGGGAACUUUGUCAGUUGAGACACGUACGCCCGGCAAUCCUCGCGGGGCUGAUUUGGACAUUCAUGGCAUAUGGCAUGCGAUACUUUUUUGUCAGUCUGUGUAAUAUGGAUGGAUACCUUUGGUCGCAUUUUGCGCUGCAUCACCAAAUCUGUUUCAAGUGCUCCGUGUGAUCAUUUAUGGUAUAUUCUUGGCUGGACUCGUAAGUCCUUCUCAUCCUACUCUUAGUAACCACUCACAGGAUCGGCCAUCAACUCGGGUAUACCGUUUUAUGAGUUGCCC